AUGACCCGAUCGCAGCGCCCACACUGCGCUGGAUUUAUACUCAUUACUCUCCUUUGUUUGCUCUGCAUUGGCCUUGUCGUGUGGAGGACAGACGGGAUGGACGCGCCUGUCCAGCCACCUCCGUCCGUAAUCACCCUCGGCGACGCGACUUAUUUCAUACCGACAACCUUUAAGCAUCAAAGCCCGCUUUCCGACAAACUGGCUACAGGGCCGUGCACCGUCAUUCGCGUCUCUAGUCCGUACAUCACAGCAGAUGAUCUGAAUGACAUUCGAGAGAAGCUUUCACAGGACGAUGUUUGGACGACCGAUUUUCUCCAGAACCUCAUUUUGCAGUCAGCAACGUUUCACAAAGACGUCCGAACCAGCCCUUCCGCUCGGCGGACGCUCGAGACUUGGCGAAGCCGAGUUUUAUUCCAUGGCACGUCAGAAAUUCUAGACGCGCCAUCGGGGCCUUAUUUCUGCGACGCUGGCCGGUUGCACGAAGUGUAUCGACUGUAUCCCGAUACAGCUGGGGCAUUCAUGAGUGCCACGGUUCAGUCACCCAACGACCCAUAUCUCUACACGUCCUUGAACGUGUCUGUAUUCACAGGAGAAUUUCCUGCGACAUUGACUGUCGGUGUACCCUCACGCCUAUACUUUACGCCUAGCAGGGAAAAGCCGUUGGCCGGUCUCCGUAUCGCAGUCAAAGACACUCAGAAUGUCCGGGGAGUCAAGACGACGGGUUCGUCCCGUGCCUGGGCUCGACUUUACGGGCCACAGGAAAAGAGCGCCACUGGGGUACAACGCCUGCUAGAGCAUGGCGCCAUUGUAGUUGGUAAGCUCAAGUCAACACAGUUUGGCGAGAGUGAGUGGGCUACCCGCGACUGGGUGGAUUAUCAUGCGCCCUGGAAUCCACGGGGGGAUGGAUAUCAAACUCCUAGCGCGAGUAGCUCUGGUAGUGCCGCCGCUGUGGCCGCCUACGACUGGUUAGACUUGUCUACUGGCACAGAUUGUAGCGGAAGUGUUCGAGCCCCUGCCGCUGUUCAUGGAUUAUUUGGGAUCCGGCCAUCAACAGAUGCUAUAGACAAUGAAGGCGUCAUCCCAUUCUCAAAGAACUUUGACACCUUUGGAAUUUUCACAAGGGACAUGGGAACUCUUGCGUUGACAUCAUCGGUUCUUUAUAAUCAAAAAGGAGAAAUUCCUGCCUGCUUUAAGAAGCCCAAGCGGAUUAUAUAUCUCAGUGAAUACUGGCCGGUUGGAGACGAGGCAAGCUCGGUGGUAUUUGAAGACACUAUCCGACAACUUGAAAGCACCCUCGGUAUAAAAAAAACGGAGCUCAGCCUAGGUAGACUUUGGUCGGAAUCAAACACUUUGGGAACUGACCUUUCGAUUGAUGACUAUUUCAAAACGACGUUCGUCGAUGCAUCGGCUCCAGACCAAUGGGCUAUGCUCAAGGCAUUUCAUACAGAAUACGAGAACGCAUUUGGUCAUGCUCCUCCGCUAAACCCCCAACUUCAGUGGAAAAUGAAAUUUUUACCAAACCAGACAGUUGAACAGCAGAAACAAGGAGAAAAGGACAUUAAAGUCUUCCGUACUUGGUUCGAAAAACAACCGUCUUGGACUGGCGAAGGCUGGUUUUUUCAUUUUAUCGCUGUAUAUGCGGGAGCCCCUGAGGUUAUUUUGCCAAUUGGCCAAACGCCAUAUCAGUCUCGGUUGACAAAGAGGCAGGAGUGGCUUCCAGUUGCUAUUGGGCUCCUGGGUGCAAGAGGCACAGAUGCGGCCUUCACCGCUUUUAUAAAGGAUACAGUAAAGGCCGCGAAACUGCCGACAACGGUCAAUGUUGGUCGGACCGCAUUCAAGCCGAGUAUAUCCGAGGCUAAUAGCGCUGUCGCUGCUCCGCUUAUGGCUCGUGGCAGUUAUGCAUUCAAUACUCGAUACUGA